UAAAGCAACAUUAUGUCCAUGUUUAAAACCAGAUCAAAUGCUUUUCUAGAAGAAUGCUAAGCAUCAUGCAGUCAGAUGUCUUUGCAGAAUCACAUGCACAAUUUCUUCUUGCCAGAAAGUCAACCUUGGCAUCUGGGUGAUAUGUGGGGGCUUCCAAGAAAGUGGCUGGGAAAUUUUGGGAAUUGAAGUCUACACGUGCCAAAGUUGCCAAGGUUGAGAAACAAUAGACUAGAUUAAGAUGGCAAACAUGCACGCAUCUCUCUCUCUCCCUCCCUGAAAAAGAUUGAACUAAUCCAGUUCCCUGUAUUUGAGUCAACCUUAUCAUCCUAUUUUUUUCCUUCUGUCAAUUCCAGGGGACUUCGGGCGCCGCUCUACCCAAGAGGCCACGAGGUUCUCUCUAUGGUUGUUCUGCACCUCCACAACUCGUCUAUCCGGUUUGUGACUUUACCCAACGUGCACUGCGGCGAAAAUAGGCGACGACAAUAACAAACAGCGGUAGCAAGGGUGGCGCGUAAGCCCGCGGGGCCCGAUACACAGCCCGGACCGUCUAAGUACAUUCGCCGCUCCCGCGGGCAUCAUCUCACUCUCCGGUGACAGCUCGGUCUCUUCGCGCCGCUGCCGUUCCUCAUACUUCUUUCCGACACUUGUCUUCUCCGGGCGCCGGACCCUGAAGCUCUGGGUGAAGCCGCAGAAGAGGGGAGGAGCUCCCGCAGCCGCCGGUCCCCGGCGCGGGACGGUGCCCGGGGCCGCCCAGCUGUUGCUCUUGAGAUGGCUCCCUGGGGGUGUUUGAUGCUCCAGAAACAACAUUCUUUUGCCAAAGUCUAAUGAAGAAAAUACUUUGUUUAGCAAUCCAGCUAUUUAUAAAGGCAGUGAUACCUCCAUGCAGUUCCUGAAGUUUCAAAAUAAUAAUAGCAAAGUCAAAGGUAUAAGUUUCAGAAACCUAAAGAAGUCACCAUGAAGUUAUAUGUAUUUCUGGUCAACACUGGAACUACCCUUACCUUUGAUACAGAACUUGCAGUACAGAAUGUGGCUGAUCUUAAACAAGCAAUCCAAAACAAAUACAGGAUAGCCAUUCAGUAUCAGGUACUGGUUGUCAAUGGUGGCGAAUGUAUGGCAGCUGACAGAAAAGUCUGUAGUUACAGUGCUGGAACGGAUACAAACCCAAUUUUCCUCUUCAAUAAAGAAAUGAUCUUGUGUGAACGUCCUCCAGCUAUACCUAAAACAACAUUUUUAGCAGAAAAUGAGAUGGAAAUAAAAGUUGAAGAAUCCCUUAUGAUGCCUGCAGUUUUUCACACAGUAGCUUCACGAACACAGCUUGCUGUGGAAAUGUAUGAAAUAGCCAAAAAACUUUGCUCCUUCUGUGAAGGCCUCGUUCAUGAUGAACAUCUUCAGCACCAAGGCUGGGCUGCUAUAAUGGCAAAUUUGGAAGAUUGUACAUAUUCUUAUCAAAAACUGCUUUUCAGAUUUGAAAAUGCAUAUUCAAGUUACCUGCAAUCCAUAGAUGAUAUUAAACUGAAACUUACACACUUAGGGGCUGCUGUUUCUAUUAUGGCCAAGAUCCCAUUGCUGGAGUGCCUAACUAGACAUAGUUACAGGGACUGUUUGGAACGAAUGGAUUCUUCCACUGAUCAUGGAGGAACCGAAAGCGAAGACACUGAAAAUGAGAAGUCGGCUGAAGUUAUGCUUUCUCCUGAUACACUUAAGAUGAACAAACAAUUAUUGAUAGCGUCAUUUUGCAAGUCGGUGGAACAUCCAACCUCAGAUGAUCCAGAUUUUGAAAAAUUGAAUGAAAAUAGGGAAGCUAGUCACUAUGCAGUCCAAGACAGAGAUCUUUCAGUGGAGCUUAACGAAAAUGAUCUGCCUUCUUUUAAUGUUUCACUUUUAGACUGGAUAAAUGUUCAAGAUAGACCUAAUGAUGUUGAGUCCUUGGUCAGGAAAUGUUUUGAUUCCAUGAGCAGACUUGAUCCAAGAAUUAUUCAGCCUUUUUUGGCAGACUGUAGACAGACGAUUGCCAAAUUAGAUAAUCAGAACAUGAAGGCUAUUAAGGGACUGGAGGAUAGGCUUUAUGCGCUGGACCAGAUGAUAGCUAGCUGCAGCAGGCUUGUUAAUGAACAAAAAGAACUUGCUCAGGGAUUUUUGGCUAAUCAGAAGAGAGCAGAGAACUUGAAAGAUCCUUCUGUACUACCAGACUUGUGCUUGAGCCAUGCAAAUCAACUGAUGAUCAUGUUAACUAACCACAGGAAACUUUUAGAUAUUAAGCAAAAAUGUACUACUGCCAAACAAGAACUUGCAAAUAAUUUACAAGUCCGACUGAAGUGGUGCUGCUUCGUCAUGCUUCAUGCUGACCAAGAUGGAGAGAAACUACAAGCAUUGCUUCGCCUUGUAACAGAGCUGCUAGAAAGAGUGAAAAUUGUAGAAAAGCUCAGUAAUGUCCCACAGAUGUACUGUUUGGCAGUUGUUGAAGUUGUAAGAAGAAAAAUGUUUGUGAAACACUACAGAGAGUGGGCUGGUGCAUUAGUAAAAGAUGGUAAACAUCUUUAUGAUGCAGAAAAAGCCAAAAGGGAAUCUUUUGGAAAAUUAUUUAGGAAAUCUUUCUUAAGAAAUCGUUUGUUCAGGGGCCUUGAUGCCUGGCCACCAUCCUUUUGUACUCGAAAACCUCGCAGAUUUGAUGGUGAACUUCCUGAUAUUUCAUUAUCAGAUUUGCAGUUUCUUCAAUCCUUUUGUCCUUCAGAAGUACAACCAUUACUCAGGGUACCCAUACUUUGUGAUUUUGAACCUCUCCACCAGCAUGUACUUGCUUUACAUAACCUUGUCAAAGCAGCACAAAGUUUGGAUGAAAUGUCCCAGACCAUUACGGAUUUGCUGAAUGAACAAAAGGCUUCCAACAGUCAAGCCUCACCACAAUCUAUCACUACGCCAAGAAUGGAAAAUACAACAGGAACAACAAUUGCUACCUCUCCUAAAACUCCAUCACCUCUCAGUCUUCAGGGUCCUCUUUGCCCUUCUGUGUGUCCUCCAGCUCCUUUAGAAGAAUUGUCUCCAGACAGUAUUGAUGCUCACACAUUUGAUUUUGAAACAAUUGCCCACCCAAACAUAGAGCAAUCUCUUAAACAAGGAUCUUUAGAUUUGGACUCAUUGGCCGAAAGUCCAGAAUCCGAUUUUAUGUCUGCAGUGAAUGAGUUUAUAAUAGAAGAAAAUCCAUCAUCUCCAAAUGUGAUAAGUGAUCCUCAAAGUCCAGAAAUGAUGGUAGAGUCCCUCUAUUCCUCAGUUAUCAAUGCAAUAGAUAGUAGGAGGAUGCAAGACCCAAACAUAUGUGUAAAAGAUGGAGUUUUAGAAAAUCCUGUUCUAAAUGUUUACAUGGACAAAUGCAGAGAUGUUGCCCAAGAAUCUCGGUUAAAUUUAAUGAAUAUCAAAGAAGACCUUUACCACUUUAGAACAUUUGUAAAAAAAGAACAGUGUAACUUUUCUUCUUCUUUAAAAUGUACUUCAGUAGAAAUAAGGAAUAUGAUAGAGAAAGUCAAACUUUCUCUUGAAAAAUCUUUAAAGGAUAAGCAUCAAAAAGAGCUACAGUCUAUAAAAACUGAAUAUGAAAGUAAAAUAAAUAUUUUAGUUGAAGAUAGUGAAGAAAACAAAAAAAACAUUGCUAAAUUAAAUUGUGACUUAAAAGAACUUGAAGAAAUUUUACAUGACAAAGAUAAUGAAUUUGAAAUAGUAAAGAAUGAGAAGGAAGCAGUUGUGUUCUUACAAAAUGAAAAAGACCAGAAAUUGAUUGAAGUGGAAUGCCAAAUGAAGAAGCUGUAUCAUGAAAUUAAGGAACUGACAGAGUCACGUGAAAGAGUAUUAGAAAGUUUGAAAAAACUAAACGUUGAAAAUGAGGGAAAACUGCAACUUUUGAAAGCAGAAUGUCAAACUAUGGAGCAAGAUCACCUAAAGGAAUUGGAAUCUAAUCUACAUGUUAGACAUAUGCAAGAAUUUGAAGAAUUAAUAGCCAAACACAAUGAUUGUUUAGAGAAGUUAAAAAAAGAACAUCAACACCAACUUGAAAAAAUGCAGGAAUCUCAUGCUGCUGAUGUCUAUGAAAAAGAACAACAGAUUGAGGAAUUAAAGAUUAAGGUUUCUGAAUUAUCUGACUGGAGAUGUAAGCUCGAAGUUGAACUUGCAUUGAAAGAAGCAGAAGCAGAUGAAAUGAAAGUACUUAUUGAAGCAAACAAAACUCAGCAGCAAAGUAAUCUCAGAACCCUUGUUAACAAAGAAACUGAAAUGCUAAGAAAAGAGACUGAUAAAUUAAAGCAUAUAAUUCAAGUUAGUAAUGAUGAAUAUCAGGUAGGUUUAGCUGAUCUGAGGACUUUAAUAACAAUUGAGAAAGAUCACUGCAUUUCAGAAUUAAUUGACAGGCAUGAAGGAGAAGCAAAUUUGCUUAGAAUAGAAUUGGAUAAAACAACCUCCUUGCAUCAGAAAGCACUGGAAGCAGAAAAAAACCUGGAAGAACAAAUUAAAGAAUUGCAAGGUAAGCUGGAAUUAGAAAUGAAUGCUGUACAGAGACAAAAAGAAGAGCUUUUAGCUUUGUGUGAACAGCAGAAGAAAUAUGAAGACACCAUUGAGAAACUUGUAGAAGAAAAGAAACUAUUAAUAGCUACCCAUGAGCAAGACAGGAAAGAGAUGGUACAGAAACUCAGUUGUGAAAAAGAAGAUGCAGUACAAAAUGCCCUUAAAGAAUUUGAAUUACAGAGGGAUGCUGUUGAAAAAGAACUUUUGGAAAAAAUCCAGCAACUUGAGAUGCAAGUUAAUCAGAGUUCAUUUGAAUCGUCUGCUUCAAGCUUGGUUGCAGAGCUUCAAGAAAAACUCCAGGAAGAGAAAGUGAAGUUUUUGGAACAGCUUGAAGAAUAUGAGAAAAGAAAAAAUGAAGAAAUGCAAAACAUUCGAACAUCACUCACUGCAGAGCAGCAGACUACAUUUAAUACUGUUCUAAUAAGAGAAAAGCUGAAAAAGGAAAAUAUAAUCAAUGAUCUUAGCGACAAAUUGAAAUUGAUAAAACAGCAGCAAGAAAAAGACAAGGAUCUGAUUGAAAGUCUUUCUGAAGAUCGCGCUCGUUUACUUGAAGAGAAGAAGAAACUUGAAGAAGAAGUUAAUAAACUGAAAAAUAGCAAUCUUGUUUCAUCAACAUGCUUGCCUUUUACUCUGGAACCUUCUGGAGCUUGUGCAGCUGAUUUCACAUCAGAAACUGAACAUUUGAGUUCUGAUACAGCAGAAGAAGGAAAAAAUGAUUCCACACUAGAAACUAGCAUGAUGACUGUAAAUGAAAAUGUCCAGAUGUUGUCUGAAGAAAAACAGAGGAUAAUGAUGUUAGAAAAAACACUGCAGUUGAAAGAGGAGGAAAAUAAAAGGCUCAAUCAAAGAUUGAUGUCUCAAAGCAUGUCUUCAGUUUCUCUAAGACACUCUGAAAAAAUUGCUAUCAGAGAUUUUCAGGUUGGUGAUUUGGUUCUCAUAAUCUUGGAUGAACGUCAUGACAACUAUGUAUUAUUCACUGUUAGCCCAACUUUGUAUUUUUUACACUCAGAAUCUCUUGCGGCACUAGAUCUCAAACCAGGUGAGUGUGCUUCUGGAACAUCUCGAAGACCUUGGGUGUUAGGGAAAGUAAUGGAAAAAGAAUAUUGUCAGGCAAAAAAGGCACAAAACCGAUUCAAAGUUCCUCUGGGUACAAAAUUCUACAGAGUAAAAGCAGUACCAUGGAAUAAGAAAGUAUAACACAUGAGGGAAACUCAACUCAAUACCAUAUUUUCUGGCUAGUUCCUCAGUGCUCAUUCAUCAAUCCAAGUAGCAGGCCAUUUUUUUAUACAGAGAUCAUAUGACAAUGCUCCAUAAUAUGAUUGUUUUUUUUUCCUUUUUAAUGUGUUAUAUUUUAGAAACAAGAAAUUAAUCAUAAUGUCUGGCCUAACAGUUCCAAUUUUUUAUUCAGAUAACUUUAGAAAUGUGGACCAAAAGAGUUCAUUUUCUGAAAGGGCAAAUCUUACAUAUCAUGGCUUGUUUACUAGCCAUGUUAAUUGCCUGUUUAAAUAUACAUUAGCUCAUAUUAGAUGUUAAAUGUUAACUACCAUUACCAGCAUCUGUCCUUUUGUGAAACCAUUAUCAAACUACUUUCACUCUUUAACAGAUUCUUUAUAAUAUGUAUAAAACCAUCAGUUAUUUAUAAUACAGGAGUGUUCAUUGCAUGCAGAUAAUUUUCUUCAGCAUGAGUUUGCCUCAAUAGAUGAAAAGGUAACUCUUGCAACUUGCUUUAUUGCAUUAAAAAGCCGUUUAAUAUAAGAGAAAGGGGGGAAAAAGUAUCUUGCUAAGGUAAUAUGGAUUGAAGUUUUUGAAGGGUGGAUCGCAGAUCUUGAAAGGAAGUAGCUAUGCUCUUGUAUUUAAAUAAAACACCUUCCCAGCCCUCAGAAAAGUCUUGUAUUGAUCUAUUUAAAAAAAAAUCAUAUAAAUGAAAUUGUAUUUCAUGGCUAAGGUUCAGGGAAGAAAAAAAACAUUGUACAUUAACUAUACAAAGAUCACUUAAAUAACAAAUUAUUGUACUGUAAAAGAUAUGUAGAAUUUUAAAACAAUAAAGAUUUGAACCUGUAAAA